AUGAUGGAUCAGGCGCAUUUUGGAGAGUAUUUGCUGAGGCAACAAAUGUUGCAUGCGGCCUCACUUAGUGGCUUACAGCACCGCGUGGGCGCUGAUGCUGAGCCGCCGGCGUGCGAGGCGCGUCUAUUAAACGCCGAGCUGUGGCGCCGUUUUCACGACAUCGGCACUGAAAUGAUCAUCACCAAGGGGGGCCGCCGCAUGUUUCCAUCCCUUCGCAUCUCAUUAAGCAGUCUCGACCCGCGCGAAGAAUAUUGCGUGUUGUUGGAACUGUCGCUGGUGGGGCGGAGACGCUGGCGCUGGGCGGGUGGGGCGUGGGCAGCCGCCGGUGGUGCGGAGCCACAGUCCCCCAGGCGCCUGAUGCUGCACCCAGAUUCGCCAGCACCGGGACAUCAUUGGACGGCUAACCCCGUGUCCUUUAGCAAGCUCAAGCUGACGAAUAAUACCAUGGACGCCCAGGGUCAUAUGGUACUGACGUCCAUGCACAAAUACCGUCCCCGUGUGGUGGUGGUGAGGGCGCGAGAUGCUGCCGCGCUGGCGUGGGGAGCACCACAUGCUGCAUUCUCGUUCCCCGAGACUGAAUUCAUCGCUGUCACUGCUUAUCAGAACGACCGCAUCACGAAGUUGAAGAUCGAUAACAAUCCGUUUGCUAAAGGAUUCAGAGCAUGUGGACAGUCCAAGUGCAAGAGAAAAAAUACCGAUACAGAAAGCAACAAUACAGAGCCAUCUAGCAGUGACACUAGCGAGCCCAAACGCCCGUGCUCUGACGCCGCAUCAUCAUGUUCUGAAGAAGGCAGCCUUCGGUCAUCAUCCCCUCGAUCACCGCCUCUUGUAGAAUCACCAGCUCCUCUAUUAGCCCCACCUGAAAACAUAUCUCCACCUCCCACAUUCUACCCACCAGAACUACCAUACAUAGGUCAACUGCACAUGCCAAUGCCCUUAGGCUUCUGGGCAGGUGGUCUUGCUUGGAGCCAUGCUCUACCUCCACCACCGCCGAGAAUCCCCUCUCCAACCCCACCCGCACCUGCGCCCUGCCGUCGAGUAAAAAGCUUUACAAUUAGCGCUCUUCUUGGUGAAGGGUGA